AUGGCGUCCUCCGUCAACAUGAUUCCAGGUUAUACCCAGUCUGUUUUCUAUGGAGGUGAGCGUCGAAUGCAUAAUCCCGUUUACUGUCUGACUGGAAACGAUUCUCUGCAGCCCCUCACUGUUGUCCUGUUUAAGCAACUCUGCCCAUACCCUCGUGGUCGAGCCUGGAUUGUAGGCCAGAUAUUUAGUAAUCUCGCGUGGUCCCCCGAUAAUCCCAAGCAGCUGGACAUAGUGACUAUAGAUACAAAUGUGGGACAAAUAUCAUCAGAUAUCAAGAGCAAGAGUGCAGACUUGAAUCCUGAGAUUGUCAACCCAUUUCUCAUCCAGACCAGUUGA